AGAGGAGACAGAGAGAGCGAGAGCGAGAGAGAAAGAGAGAGAGGGAGAGAAAGAGAGAGAGAGAGAGAGAGCGGAGCCCUUCUCAUCAUUCCACAAGUGACUGCUUGGUCUUGUUGGUCACAAAAUAGCGCGGAAGGACUAAAAAACGCACUAGUAAAGGGAGGGGAUUACGACACAGACACUAGCGGGGUCUUUGGAGACAGAAGCUGUUGCCCUUUGGGGGAGAAACAUGACAGUAGUGCCCAGGGAGAACCACGAUGAGACUGUGGCACUAACAGCCCUGUCCCAAGAUGUGUUCGACCCGGCGGAUCAGCGGACCGACCAGGAGUGCUGUGAGCGCGUGGUCAUUAACAUCUCCGGGCUGCUCUUUGAAACCCAGCUGAAAACGCUUGCUCAGUUCCCCACCACUUUACUGGGGGAUCCGAGGAAGAGAAUGCGCUUCUUCGACCCUCUGAGGAACGAGUACUUCUUCGACAGGAACCGACCCAGCUUCGACGCCAUCCUCUACUACUACCAGUCUGGCGGCCGCCUCCGGAGACCCGUCAACGUACCCCUGGACAUAUUUAUGGAGGAGAUCAAAUUUUACCAAUUGGGAGAAGAUGUGAUCGAGAAUUUUAAGGAGGAUGAGGGAUUUAUAAAAGAAGAGGAGAGACCGUUGCCAGAAAAUGAGUUUCAACGACAGGUCUGGCUUCUGUUCGAAUACCCGGAGAGUUCGGGACCCGCCAGAGGGAUUGCUAUUGUCUCUGUUCUGGUGAUUUUAAUUUCUAUUGUCAUCUUCUGUUUGGAGACGCUGCCUGAGUUUAGGGAUGAAAAGGAGAAACAUUGGGACACUGAGCUGGCGUUGAAUGGAACUAACAGCUCUAGAAAGCCCAAUCCGUUCACCGAUCCUUUCUUCAUAGUGGAGACCCUGUGUAUCAUCUGGUUCUCCUUCGAGUUGUUCGUCAGGUUCCUAGCCUGCCCCUCCAAGCCUGCUUUUUUCAAAAACAUGAUGAACACCAUCGACAUUGUGGCCAUCAUGCCCUAUUUCAUCACCCUGGGCUUGGAGCUGGCGGAGCACCAAGGAAACGGACAGCAAGCCAUGUCUCUGGCCAUCCUCAGGGUCAUCCGGCUGGUCAGGGUGUUCAGGAUCUUCAAGCUGUCCAGACACUCCAAGGGGCUUCAGAUAUUAGGACAAACCCUCAAAGCCAGUAUGAGAGAGUUGGGGUUGCUCAUUUUCUUCCUCUUCAUCGGAGUCAUCCUCUUCUCCAGCGCUGUCUAUUUCGCCGAAACCGACGAUCCAGACUCCGGUUUCAGCUCGAUCCCCGACGCGUUCUGGUGGGCUGUGGUCUCCAUGACUACCGUUGGCUACGGGGACAUGUGCCCGGUGACCAUCGGCGGAAAGAUCGUGGGCUCUCUGUGCGCCAUAGCCGGUGUGCUCACCAUCGCGUUACCGGUCCCCGUCAUCGUGUCCAACUUCAACUACUUCUAUCACCGGGAGACCGAGCACGAGGAGCAGUUUCAAUACACCCACGUGACGUGUGGCCAGCAGCAGCAACCGUCUUUUGGUGAAUUAAAGAACAGUGACAGCCAACCAUCAUCGCUUUCCAAAUCGGACUUAAUAGCCACGGAGGACGCUGAUUCUAUCAAAUAUACCAAUUGCAGCCCACACAAAGCGUAUACGGGGAAACUCACUAAUGUAUGAUAAGCAAACAGAAAAUACCCAGCAAUGGAAAAAAACAGGCAUAGCCUUGAAGAUAUUCAGAGAAACCAUGCGUUUCUUUCUGUGAGUAGCAUACAUCUCCAAUUCUGCGCUCUGGCUAGAGUAAGGUUUGGCUCUCUCUUAUUUCCGGCGUCUCUUAAUGCUGAGGGAAUUAUUUUUAAUAGAUUAUCAUAACGGUGGAUGAAUUAAAACGUGACUCGUGAUCUCACCUGAAAACAGUCUUCCGUUAUGCGCACAGCUCUUCUUCGCUUGUUGGUUGUAAACAUCAUUAUGAGGCUAUAUUUAGCCUCAUAAACAAAUAAACAACAACCAUGAUCACCCCCCUCCCCUCUCUAUUGCAGCGCUUUACUCAUGCUCUCUAAUUAACGUCUCAUUUAUUCAGCCUAAUUUCGUGUCUGUAUUUGUUUUUCCGUUUUCUAAAAGUUGACAUAUUGACCUGCCUGUUUGGUGUUGAUAUAUAAUAUAAUAGGACCAGUUUGUCUAAACUUACUUGAAUGAAUCUUAUGCCUACAGGGCAUUGUAAUGACUUUAAAAAAAACAAGGUCACCCAGUGACUCUACCCACAAACCCCCUAUUUAUGUACACCAUAUCCAAGUAGUGCGUUUUUCCAUUAGACCGUUAUUGAGAGCGUGUCACUGGGCAGCGCUGCCUGGCAGCAGACCCUCUAUCCUCUCUGUCAACUGUGAUGAGGAAUGGGCAUAACAGAGGUCUAUGCAUCCACGCAGAGAUGCCGUUGUCUUUGAUAGCGGAACCACAGUAGUCUGAAUGGUGUGUGUCCGGUCUGGGAGCGGCACAUCCAUUCACGCCUUGACAAGCCAUUGAGGAUACUAGACAUUACGCACGGCCCAAUUGCCCUCUAAAAUGACCACAGGCACUAUUCAAAUGAUGUAUAUGUACGGAUCAAUAACGAACAGCAUCGAAUCUGAAUCGAAUGAAUCAAAUAUGAUGCUAUUGACAUUGUUUACAACAUUUCGUUGUUUUUUUUUAAUUAUUUUUUUAUUAUACAAUCUCACCAAAACUAUAUAUGUAGGUAGGUUCAUUUAGCGAAUAGUGGGCUCGAAGAAAAGAAAAGCAUUCAAUAAUAUCGUCUCUCAGAUGAUUCAUCUUCUUGAGAUAUUACAGAUGCAUGAAUGAACACGUUUAACAACUUGACGAGGGGAGGGGGUGGGGGGGAUGAGAAGCGCACCUUGUUGUGUUCAGACAGGCGGUCAGAUGGACCCAGAGCGCCGCUUUGUGGAGAGUUCGGGAACUGCAGACGUGGUGUGGAAGCCGGUUAGUUGCUAUAGCAACCUUCCAGACUGUUCUGACAGGGGAAAGAUGUUAUUGCCUGACGUCAAACAGAACAGAGGAAUGGAAGGAUUUGACUGACGACCUGAUUGAAGGUGUUUUCAUUGUACCCCAAUGAAUGCUGCUACACAGCGCCCGACUUGAGUUACGUAGAAAUAUGAUUCAACAAUAACCAAGAUGAUUUUGGCAGCUAUGUCCAUGUCCUGGGAUGAAUGGUUAUAUGUGGUGUAGUGUAGACAGGCAGAGACAGACAGAGACCUAUACUGCAGGCAGAAAUGUAUCAGAAUCAAUAGAAACCCAUAAUGUCAUCGGUAAAAACCCUCCCCUGACUCCGAGGCCACAGCUUACUGGCCACUUAAAUCCACAGCGUCAUUAUAUCACCUUGCGUUCCAGGCCGACGACAUUUCAGGUCACCUUGUCUUCUGAUGUCGUAUGACAUCACAAUAUCACUUCGCUACAGUGGAUUACUACCUGACAACACUGCCCCCCUCCAACCCCUACAUCCCCCUUCUCCAUCACCAUAUCACCUGACUACACUGACCCCCUCCAACCCCGUCCAUCCCCCUUCUUCAUCACCAUAUCACCUGACUACACUGACCCCCCAUUCCCCCUUCUCCAUCACCAUGUCACCUGACCCCUCCAAC